ACGCCGGCGAGGACCCUGGCUGUAGCGUUGCUGGGCAAAGCUAAGUUGGGACGCAGGGCCUAGGCAGAAGGGAGCGCGGCGACGCCGAAGGAGGCGCACUGUUCUCGUCGUCGACUCGCCGCGCCUCUGGCCCGCAAUGGGGCUGGACAUGGACCCGCUGCUGCACGCCUUGAGUUACUUCAGGCGGAGGAAGUUCCAGCUCUGCUCGGAUCUCUGCUCCCAGCUGCUGGAAAAGGAGCCCGGCGACCAGGUCAAGUCGGGUAGAGCCGGGGUGUGGGCGUGUGGGGUGCUGGGUCCCCGGGGGGAAAGGACGUAAAAUGGGGCCACGGGCAGGCAGAUUUAAAAGAUAAAAAUGGCUCUUUGUGCAUUUGGAGGUCCCCUCCCUUACCGUGCACACGCGCCGGCAUUUUGCAUAGCAGUGGAAGACUGCCUGUUGCCAUAGCUGUCAACUUUCGGAUUUGAAAAUAAGGGAUCAGCAGCCUCACCUGUCCCGGAGACAGUCUACGGGAUAUCUAACAAUCCGGGAUAGCAGCGGGAAACGGCGCUGAAAUAAGGGAAUUUCCCGCAAAAAAAGGGAAGGUUGACAGCUAUGCCUGUUGCACUUCUUGCUCUUGUUUGUUUGUUUGUGUACGUCAGCAAUAUGCACACCUUGACAAGAAGACUCCAGGCACCAGAUACAAAGAGCUUUCUUUGCUCCAUGGUGUCAUGAAUGAUGCGGUUCCACUUGUAGGCUGAAACUUAGACAAGGGAUUUUAAACACAUUUUAUGGCUUAGUUGCCUGACUAAUGCUGGAAUGUCUUGUCAGCUAACAGCAGCAGUUCACAAAACCUUUUUUAAAAAGUGUAUGAUUAUCCUCUCUGUACUUUUAUGCAUUUUAUUUCCAUCUGACCUCCCUUUUUUACACACACACACACACACACACAUUCCUCCACCCAAGCAUUUUGUGCAUGUACCUGCAACUCUGGAUAAUGAACAGUUGAAGUUCACAGAAGUUUGUGCCAUAAUAAAUUUGUUGAUCUUUAAGGUGCCACAGGGUUGUUUGUAGUGAUACAAUACGAUACGAUAUCUUUAUUGUCAUUGUCCCAUACAGAACGAUGAAAUUGAAAAAUCUACCUAAGACAUUCAAAAACCCCUAAAAACUCUGAAACCCCAUUUUAAAAUACAGUAUACUCCUAUAGAGACUCCUUCUACUGCGUUUAAAACCAGAAUUGCAUUUGGGUAGAAAGUGUUUCUCAGGUGGCUGGUCCUAGUCUUUAUAACCCUGUACCUUCUUCCAGAAGGCAGAAGCUUUAUAACAAAAGUGGUUAGUUUUGAAAUAGGGUAAAAGAAAAGGAGGGCAUGGAAAUGGAAGCUUCUUUCUUUUCAUCCAAGCUCAUGAUUUCCUAUUAGUUAUUAACAUGAUUAUUUACAAGUUCUUUAGCAACAACUGUGUCAGUCUCUUCCCAUGCAUCUUUUAAAUAAGUAGACUGAACCUCUUUGACAAAGCAAACUUCGAAAUACUGGAGAAUGGAAAAGACCACAAAAACCUGAGACAAACUGGUUCUCUUUAUAAUCUAUAAAAUAAGUAAUUUGUAAGAUUUUAUUUAGAACAAACUGCACCCAAACUACCUAGUAUCCUUUGAUAAUUACUUUUAGUACAGGAUAACCUUUGACAUAGUUCUGCAUAGAGUACUUUCUUCCCAACUAUGUUUGAGAAUUAUGCUUUAGAAGGUGCUCUUGUAAGAUGAGCAGAGAACUUUCUUAAGAAAGCAAUACAAGAUUAAAUACUUUAUGGUAUGAUGUUACAUUGAAAAGAAAUAUUCAGUAGCAUUCAGAAAGGCUCUACUCUUGAUCUGGUUUUGGAGGGAAUAAUUUCAGUAAUUAUUUGGGUGAAGGAGACUGUUCACUUAUUAGAUUUGCUGGCAUUGUAAACUAGAAAAAUCGGCAAGUAUAUCAGAUGAUAAUUUAAAAUGCAUUCCUAACCCCACUGAUGAGAGAAAGUCACAUUGAAUUUAAUAGGGCUCAUCUCUGAUUAAACAUGGUUAAAUUGGAAGGUUAGUUUGAGAGAAUUCAAAAGAGAAAUGUAAAAUGUUAGCCAUGAGAACAACGAACAAAGUCUACAUACACCAUGGGAGAUGUUCUAGCUAGGCAAUAGCGCUUGAAGACUUGAAGAGAGAAUUAUUGUUGAACAUGAGCCAACAAGGUACAUCUGGAAUGUAAGAGAGAACGACAAUAAGUACCACUUCAGGCUAUAUUAUCAUAAGCAUUACUUCCAAGAUUUAGGUAGCAGCAGUGCCACUAUUUUCAUUACUAAUAUAAUUUGGUGUGUUGUGGUUUAUAGUGUGCUCACAGUUCAAGAAAGGUAUCAACAAGAUGGGAAGGAUUCAGAUAGAGGAGUGAGGAUAUUUUAAUUUAUUUUGAAUACAUUGCCUAAAAGUCUGACAUUGUGACAGCUAAGGAAGGGCUUUUGUAUUGUAAUCCAUCACCCCACAUCUAUCAGUGAAAGUCACACAGCAUGUGCAGGAGUGGUCAAGUCUUGCCCAUUUAACAGUGUCCCAAGUUGAACAUUGAUUGUUUUUGUUCCAGGGAAAUUGAUGGGGACAACUCUGAGGACCAAGCCAGACCUUAACUGCAUUAUGUCUAUGUGUGACAGCAGUGAACCCAGGAACUGGUUUUAUAUGACACAAACACAAUGGUUUAAUUCGGACAAUCCUUCCAACUAUAGGUUUAGAUCUAGAUAUGCCCUUCCAUGAACCAAAGGACUCCUCCUGUUCCUGGAAGGAACUCUGAUCCAGCAUAAACUCUUAAUUGUGUGGAAAAGGGGAGGCAAUUUUAAUUGAUUUCUCAUUACCCUGUCAGACCCCAGCACCACCUCCCAGCUGUUCCAGGUGGUUCCCAAAUCAUUUGUAUCAGUUUUACAGGGAGGAAUGGAUGAAAAUGACCUUCAGUGGGAAUGUCGCAUGAGUGAAACUACACUCAUGGGAAGUCUAGAUCCAGCCCAUAGUUUGGAGAUUCAUGAAAAAGCCACAGUAAACUUAGGCCUUGUGUAUUCCAACCUUCACAUCACAGGAGGAGAUUAGAAGCUUUCUGCUUCUAUAUUUUGCCAAAGUGAAGUAUAAACAAACCAUAGUUUCCAGUCCUACCAGAGCUGUAGGAUGUUCUGAACUGAGACAUAAAUUAAUCUCAGGGCAGGUGAUGGUAGAUUUAAAACACAGAUUUUAAACCUGUUAAAAUUUGGUUAAAGCAACUAAAAGACCACAUGCUAAAAGCCUCAGUUGCCUAUUUGCUUAACUUAAAUACUAUCUCACAUGCUUUCCAUUGUGAUCUGGCAGAUCUUUAGGAAGCGACAGCUCUAAAGUUUUGGUACAAAUUACUUAGAAAAGCUCAGAAUUCUAGUUUUCUCUAUUUAAUGAGCCAACUUUAACCUCAAGAAGGUAGACACAACUCGUAAAUUAUAUUGGAACAGGAUAGAAGUGGUUUCUUGUGUAUUCUGGGUGAAAGUUGUUGUGUUCUUGAGAGAUCAAAGAACAAUUGUAACUCAGUGUAGAAUCUGGGACACUGCUGUAAGAUGCUCCCAGCAUUCUCUCAGCCAUAUAAUAUGACAUGAUGCAUGUAGAAUCAGAUCUGCAGACUCGUUGCAAGAUUUGUAAUACAAUGAGCACUGAAACGAUGCCCAGGAUAAAGGUUUAAUGCUAUAUAUUGGCAUUUUAAAAUAUAGCAAAUAAACCUGGGCUGCAUGUAGGGAUUCACCUUAAGAAAAAGCUGAAAGAGCAAACAAAUAAAAGUUAUUUAGCCCUUCAGGACUUAAUGGGAAGUACAGUACUGGUGUAUAAUUCAGUUUCAUCACCAUAAUUUAAAGUAAUUACUUUAUAUGCACCAGGAUCAAAUAUAUAUGCUUCAUUGAAGAUAGAGUGGGACAUGGGUUUAUCUUUAUGACAUAGUUUUGUUCAUAAGAAUUUUAUUUUAUUUUAUAUUUCAUAAAAUAUAUAUACUAUUUAAUUGUAGAAAAAUCUCAAAGCGGUUUGCAAAAGGAUAGAACAAUAAAAUAAUCACUAAAAUAAAACACAACCAUGAUUUAAAACAGGUUCAAACCGCAGUAAAAUAGACUAAAACAAAUUAACACUACAGAGUUUUGAAACAUCUGGGAAGGCUUGUCUAAAGAAUGUCUUCAGCAGGGCACUGAAAGGAAUAUAGUGAAUAAAUAUUUAUUUAUUUAAGACAUUUUUAUACAGCUUAAUUAGUCACAUUUCUAUGUGGUGUACAUAGAAACAACCCACAGUAAAUGGGACAAUGAAAGGAUAACAAUUUGCAAAACUUAAACACUACCUUAAAAUUCCUACUGGAACAGGAGAGUCUUAGUCGUGUACCUCAAGUUCAGCAAGGAGGGUGCCUGUCUAAUCAAUUAAUCUAUCUAGUGUCUUGAUGUCAUCUCUCGUGUGUGUGUGUGUGUGUGUGUGUGUGUAUAUAUAUAUAUAUAUAUAUUCCGUAUAUAUCACAAACCUUAUUUAUUGUAUUGAUACUACAUAAACUUGACCUUUUGUAAACAGCCUUUUAUUUAAAACUGUUGAGUUAAAAAUGGCAUGGCAGAAAACAUAACUAUUGUGAUACCAUGCUGGUCUCACAGGCCAUAUGCCCCAUUUUAAGUGCAAUGCAUUGUACUGUAAGUCGCAAGAUCUGAUUGUUAAGUGAUUAUUUGACAGACACAGACAAACUGGGGGGUAGGAGAAUUUUUCAUGUAGUAAUGUGUCCAUGGGUCUAAUCUACAAAAUGUACAGUUUAAAACAGCAGCAGCAUUAACUUGCUACCAGAAUAAUCAGUAUUGGAGAUUAAAAAUUAAAGCUGCAAUCCUACACUUAAUAGGGAGUGCAACACAUGUGAUCCUAUACACACUUAACAUGUGAUCCUAUACACACUUAACAGAGAGUGCUCCAUUGAAUUUAAUGGGACUUACUUACAAGUGGACAUGCCUAGGAUUAUGUUGUCAUUGAAACUUCAAGUAAAUGUACAUCACUUUAAACAAGCAUUUGAGAGAGGAACUAACUGCAGUCUUGUGCUUGUCUGCUGAAAAGUAAGUCCCCUUGAUUUUAGUGGGGCUUACUCCCAGACAAGUGGAUACAGGAUUGCAGUCUGUCAGAUUCUGCUGCUGGAAAUAACCUUUCAUCAUCAACCAUAGGAAAAAUAUGUAUAUUGGGUUUCUUUGUUUUAUAGCAGGAACAUGCUUCUGUGCUGCUGUUGUGGUUGAUCAUCCUGAUUAGUUGCCUAAUCUGAUUAUUGUUCUUUGUGUACCAUAUGUCAAUUUGAAGGCAAGGAACUAACACCAGUUUAUAGUAUUGGUUGACAUGAGAAAAGCAAUUGUCAACUGUUGUUGAACUGUAUAAUAAUUAUAUAAUGUGUGCAAUAAAAUACAUAUAGUAUUUUGUUGCUGGUGCUUAAUGUUCCAUGUUCAUUAAUUUCUUACUGCUGCCUCAUACAUGUUUCAUCAUUGAUGCAAAUUCUGUGCCUUCUGGAUCAGUGGUGAAAUAAUAAGAGAUGGAGUGGUGAUGAAAACUUCUCAAAAUAUUUGCUAAUGAAAAAUAAAUGUCUAAAUUCACAUCAUAGAAUCAUAGAAUCAUAGAGUUGGAAGAGACCACAAGGGCCAUCGAGUCCAACCCCCUGCCAAGCAGGAAACACCAUCAGAGCACUCCUGACAUAUGGUUGUCAAGCCUCUGCUUAAAGACCUCCAAAGAAGGAGACUCCACCACACUCCUUGGCAGCAAAUUCCACUGUCGAACAGCUCUUACUGUCAGGAAGUUCUUCCUAAUGUUUAGGUGGAAUCUUCUUUCUUGUAGUUUGGAUCCAUUGCUCCGUGUCCGCUUCUCUGGAGCAUCAGAAAACAACCUUUCUCCCUCCUCUAUGUGACAUCCUUUUAUAGUAUAGUAUAAUACAUCAGAGUAUAGUAUAAUAACUAAUAGCUAAUGCUAAUGCUAAUAAGGAUAUCCCUUAUUAUAAUUUCAACUCUCCAGAUGACUUUAGGCACACCGCUUGGUUUCAUAGUCCCCUCUAGAAUAUGAGAAUAAGAGUUGUGGGAAGGGACAUGUUCUCCUUUCACCUCUGAGGAGAAGCCACAACAAUCACUAGCAAAGCCAUGGAGCUUGAGAUUAUGAGCAGAAACACCAGCCUGGUGAACGUGGCUGUGGUUCCUCACCUCACCAUGGUCCUGCUGUCCAUCAGCACGUCCAGCAUGGUGUAGUGGUUAAGAGUAGUGGACUCGUAAUCUGGUGAACCGGGUUCGCUUCCCCACUUCUCCACAUGCAGCUGCUGGGUGACCUUGGGCUAGUCACACUUCUCUGAAGUCUCUCAGCCCUACUCACCUCACAGAGUGUUUGUUGUGGGGGAGGAAGGGAAAGGAGAUUGUUAGCCUCUUUGAGACUCCUUACGGUAGUGAUAAAGCGGGAUAUCAAAUCCAGACUCCUUCUCCUCCUCCUUCUUUGAACGAUUCUUCAUAUAUGAAGUCAUCUCCAUCAAGUACACCCAGGACUGCUAAUCUCAAGGAACUGCUAAUCUCAAGUGGCUUCACUCUUUAAGGGCCUAGUUUAGCUGAAGGCUUGUCUCACCCCAAAUGUAUCCACUUGACUGCUUCGAUUUGUGGAAGUGUACUGCCACAUAAUGUUCAUUCUGCUCUUAAAAUGAAUUGAUUGUUUAAUGUGGCUGUACUCCCUGCUCAUUAAUAUGAGAUAGGCACCUUAGUUGUGUUGCUUUCAGCUCAUGCUAAAGGCUUUUUUGUUUGUUUCAGUAAGCCUAUUCAGGCAUGCAAUUUUAACAAGUAAUUUUAUUAUGUACAGUUUAUUUUGAGUUGCUGAUUUUAUUUAUAUUUGGUUUACAUUUGUUACAUUUGCAGAUGUUAGGUUUAACUUUUUUAGUGUUCAUUUUCACCACUAUUUUAAAGGAAUGUUUUAUAUUUUUCUUUGUGAACUGCUUAGAGUAAGCGAUACAUAGGUUUUGUUAAAUAAAUAAAAUAGUUUAUUUAUAAAUGGAGUUCAUUGGGACUUACAGGGGCAGCUUUACUUACUUAGACAUGUUUAUGUAUAUUUUUUCACACAUGUUUAGCUGAAAUGUUGAUUUCAAGGAAGUUGAGGGUGGGACGCAACCCAAAACGUAAUCCAAGCUCUGUAUAUAUCUUUUCCAGACUGUGAAUUGCAUAAAAUUGUCCAUAAAAUCUGAAAUAAGUAAUAUUUAAAAUUUUGUUCUCUUAAUCCUAGCAGCAGAUGGGAUGGGAAGGGGCCUCGUUGUGUGGUAUUGAUGCCAGCCAGAUGGUGUGAAUAAGGGCUUUGGCACUGCCAUCUCCUGCCAAGCUACUGGAAAAUAGGAGUUUAACUUAAACUACACUCUGGGGAUUGUUGUCUGUAGUUUCUUACUUCUGACUGCUUAAUGCUUAUAGAAGCCUUUUUCCAUAAGCCUGUGUAAAACGUAAAAUGUAGGACUAUAGAAGGACAUACUUCUCAGGCUACCAACAUAGUCCCCAUGGGCACUACAGCAUCCACCGAUCCUCCCUUCGUGCCCACCAAGACCAACACCCACCCCAAUUUUGUUGUUGUUGUUGUUAAAAAACCUGAAAUGGAGGAGUUUUAAAAACUUACCGUGGUGGUUUGUUUAGGAAGGUUGUCUGUUUCUCCCCCUUUUUUUCAUUUAGUUUAGGCUGUACAUAAACGUUUUUCUGUUAGUGGAGAUUCUGAGCCUUGCCAUUUUUCUUCUGUAAAACAGGUAUUUUGUGAUCUCCAUAAAAGUUUAUUAGAUUUCUAAAGGAGCACACAGUACCAAAAAGCUUGGGGACACUUGGCAUACUGAGAGCUUUGUUCAGUGGUUGCUAGAAUGAGCAAGAGGAGUGUCUAUAGGUGCUGGCCUGUUACAAUCAAGACUGUUGUUUUUGCUGUAUCGGCUUUAACUUAUGGCAUAAUGAACUGGAGUCCAUUAUCAUCAGAUGCAAAAAUGGUAUCCUGACUUGCUGGUAUGUGUGAACCUGGGAGAGGGGAUUGUAAACAAUAUGGUCUGAGGGAAAUGAAAUAAAGUACAGACAGUGACAAAAGCUUAAUGGUGAAAGACUAUUGUUGAAAACACAAACAUUCUGACAUUGAUAAGCUAAUAAACUCAUAGAAGAUGAUGCAAAACCCAUUAUCCCAAUUUAAGCCACAGGUGAUAAGAGUUGAAUCUAUAAGAUAAAUUGUUAUGCAGAGCAUCCUGGGAGUUCAAAUGUAUUCAUAUUCAGAGCUGCUAAAAUGAUCAACUCAAUUUGUUUGCUAUGGGAAAAGACAGAGUAGAUAUAUUCAUGUCACAAGUCGCCUCAGAUAUUUUGUAGGAGGCAAGAUAUAAAUUGUUAAAGAGGCACACAAUUAUGUCCAUUUUUCUCAACAACAAAAAAUGUCAUUCAAACCAAAAACCUAAAUUUCUCCUUGAUUUAAUUAGUUGCUAAAAAGAUUUGGUAGCAGAGUUCUUCAUAGCUUCAAUAGGGCAUCAGAUAUAUGGAAAGUUCUCUUGACUACUUGUUCCUUCUCUUCAGUAGCCAAUUGUUAGGAGAAAUCCAUAAGCAUUCAAGGGACUUAACCUAGCAUUCAACUAAUCUAGUAUUAUGAAAGAGAUAGAAAAACCUCUCACCUCUUCCUCCACACUGUGCAUAAAUCCAUACAUCUCUAUCAUGUUCCUGCUGUUCUGCCCCCAUCUAUAGCAUUUCUUCCCCUAAAUUUUGCCAGCUCUACAAUACUUUCUUUGAGGUGCAGCAACCAGAAUGCUACCAGUUUGCAUAACAAUAUUGGCAGUUUUAUUUUCAGCUUGUUUUCCUAACGAUCUUUAACAUGGGAUCUUCCAGACAUUUUACUGUGAUUAUUGCAGCAUGUAGGUUUUUUAAAGUAUGGCUGAGCUGAUUAUAUAACUUUCUCUUUACUUCCAGCUGCUAAACUGCCUUAAAGUACAUUGCUUUUUUUACAUCUUGUUCAUGGAUGCCUUUGCCCUGGAGAUUAAUAUAUGAAACAUUUUUUUUUCCAGGGGGUGGGGUAGUCUGUGUAAGAGAACUGGGGGUUUCUUGAAGCUAUCCCUGUAUUAAUCUAUGGGCAGGCGGCCGCUAGGAAACCUCUUUGGCUAUGAAAAACCCUGGGUUUUCUGUGAUCUGGAAGGUUUCCUUUGAUAUUUGAAAUGCUUGCUUUUCAUCGUUUUUAGCAUAUGUCUGUGGUGAAUAAAAAGCCUGAUAUUUACUUUGAUUGCAAAUCCUAGUCUGAGAAACAGAUGGUGGUCUAUAUUGGUAGUUCCACUUUACCAUUUUAGCUCUUUUCCUUGACUUCAGUUAGCUCAUUAGGUUUUCAUUAAGUGACUGGAAGAAUAUGUAGAGAUGGUGCACAUUUCUCUUCCUUGCCCUCCCAAAAAAGAGAAUUGAGAGUUUUUCAGCCAUUAGGAAGAAGCUACUUUUGGUUCUUGUUCAAUAAACUGACUGGUCUGCACAGAAUACUUUCCUUCAGGUUAUUAGUAAGCGCAAAAAAAUUGUGUCGGUACAGAACUAAAGCAGAGCCAAUCACACAGACAGCAGAAUAUCAGAUCUGUGAUUACUUUUAUUUGGUUUGGGUGUUUUUUUUCCAAAAAGUGCUCCCCGCAAGGCUGAGGAUUAAUUGCAUUUAAAGCGAUAUGUUCUCUGUGCCACAGUCUUCACCUUUUAUCUUGCUAUUCUUCCUUUGCUCACUUCUGCCGACAGACCUAUUCCUGAGUUGCUUCAAUCAUCUGUAUUAUCUGUAUAAUUUGAUAUUGCAUUGUCUUUUUGUAGAUAUUUUGGCUUAUUGAACCUUGGUUCCCCUCUUUAUCAUCUAGGCUGCUUGGUGCUUAAAAAUACGAGCCUUAACAGAAAUGGUUUACGUGGAUGAAAUUGAUGUGGAUCAGGAAGGCAUCGCUGAGAUGAUGCUUGACGAAAAUGCUAUUGCUCAAGUUGCACGUAAGCUAUAUCUAUAGUUCCUUCAAAAUGGCUUGGCCACACAAUGACUCCCUUCCCAGCAUUUCAAAAUUACUUAACAAUUCCCUUAAAUAGUGUAUUGUUCCCACAGACUAUACUGUGGCAUAACUGAACACUUUCAGUUAAUGCAAUUAUAUGAUGUAGUUGCUAUUUUUGUUGUGUUUUUUUAAAAUGAAUAUAACCUCACUGACUGUGGUAGUAGCUGGAGCGCUCUGUCAUGCCCUGUUGAGUUUAGGAUUGCUCUGCAGGAAAACUUUCUGCCUCAUGUUAUUGAGUAGUUAGAAAGGUUAAAAAUAUAAAUGGGAAGAGAAUUAGAGAGGUGAGGUUGAUCUAUUGGUUACAUUAAAUAAUGAUACUUCUUUUUGUUUGUAGGACCUGGUACUUCACUGAAAAUCCCUGGAACUGGUCAGGGUGGAGGUCCUAGCCAAGCUGUGAGGUAUUCAGUUCAUUGAUAAAAUUUAAUUAGUUCAGGUGUCUAUGGACUACAUAUAGUUCACUGUUGCCCUUCACUAGUAAAUGCUGUCCAGCGAGUAGUGUCUCUUAAAUUUUUGAUUUAUCCAUUCCUACACCCUCUGUGGUAGUUCUUCAUACUUUAAGUUGUUCAGUUGCUUCUGUAUUGCUGUUUAUGCAUUUCCUGCCCUCACUGACUCAUAACCACAGACUGGUCAUUGAAUCAGAUGAUUCCUUCACCUCCCGCCCAUCCUGGUCUUCCCUUAUGUAAGUAAACAUGUGAAAGUAUAAUUGUGUUGGAAUGUGAGCAAAAGCAGUGAGAUUUGGAAGAUGCUCAGAGCAUGGAGAACAAGCACACAUGAGGUAUUUAAAUUGUGUGUAUACAUAUAUACAUAUGUGUGUUUAUAUACACACAUACACAUAUACACACACACCUAAAAUAGUACUCUACAACACUUUAAUAACAAAGUAGUUAAAUGGUAUGAGGGGUGUUAUAAAUUGUCUUUCCAAAUAAUCACACGGGGUUUUAUGUUAUGGUUAGUAUUCCUUUAACUGGGAACUAAUUUUCAUGCAAACCCCAAAGAAGUGUUGUAACAGAGUGCAACACGAACUUCAGAAGUUAUUUGCAGAUACAGCCAGUGGCAUGUCUGCUAAGGCAGACACAUGGUGUCUUUCAAUCUGUGGAUCAUUUCAGGCCGGUGACUCAGACAGGAAGACCCCUUACAGGAUUUGUGCGGCCCAGUACACAGGGUGGACGGCCAGGUACAAUUGAACAGGCCAUAAGGACUCCAAGGACAGCUCACACUGCCCGCCCCAUGACUAGCGCCUCAGGGCGAUAUGUCAGGCUUGGAACGGUAAGGAACGAGAAAGAACUGAGCAUGCUAUUAGUAAGUAUAACACACACAGUAUUUGAGACCUUGGAAAUUUGAGGUGCAUAUGUGUGUAUUAAAAUAAGAAAACUUUCAUCUUGCUAGUCCUUGGUGUUUUACCUGGCUACAUUUUCUUCAAUCUCUCCUAUAGUGAUCUAAACACUGUAUUUUCAAAACAUUAGCACAUGUAAUGGAAAAUUUGCAUAUCUUCCUUGGGUAAGAGUGUUAUGUGCUUUAUAUAAGAGCUGCUUUUUAUGAUGCCUUUGAACAUCAUAUUUGAUCAGCUGAUUGUUGGUGGUUGAAGAGAUUGCUAUGCAACUGAAACCCUGACAGUCAGCUGGGACUGCCUACCCUAGGGAGUUCCCUUGCACUCCCUGGUGCAGCUGAGGGGAGAUGGAGGAAGUGGCUUGGAUUCAAAAUGCUUCCUGCAGCCCUAAAAACCCCAAGCUGCUUUCUAAGGAGGCCAAAGAAAGAAAGGCCAAUUUUUAAAGGAACAUCCUUCCCUCACCGAAAGCCGUUUGUAUUCAAAGCAUUCAAGGGAAUGCUUUGAAUACAAAUGAGCAUUAAAAAUAAUAAUUCAGGGGAGCAGUUUGUUUUCAAAGUGCUUCCUAUUGCUUUUAGUAUGAAUUGCUUUUCUGUAUAGAGAGGAAAAAGUUCAAACAAUGGACUUCAAAGGUGCUCCCUAUAACUGAAAAUCAGCUGGUUGUGAGUUACAGAGAGCCUUUUUUUGAAGAUGUACUCAAAAGUAUGUCUUCACAGGAGGUUGCUGUAACUGCUGUUUGGUGAUUGCCUUUGGCACUUGUCAGAGUUCAGUCACCUGAGGACAUUAUGAGGACAUUAUGUCAAUUUGAUCCAUGGCAGGGUGGGGAAGAAUUUGGCAACCAAAUUCAGUUGCCUGCUGUAGUAAGUUUGCAUUGUUUCUUCAGAUAAUGGUUUGCUAGACGGUAUUUUUUGCUGGUGAUUAUUUAAACAUUCAUGUUAAGCAGUUCUGUGGUAUCUUUCCCCCUGCAGGCCUCUAUGCUCACAAAUCCUGAUGGCCCAUUUAUAAACGUGUCUAAACUCAACUUAAAUAAUUAUGCUCAGAAACCAAAGUUGGCAAAGGUGCGUUGUUUGCUUAAACGUAGUAUUCUUAUAUCUUUUAAAAUCCUUGUCAUAUGUAAGCAAAUGUUUAAGAAUGAGGGGCAACUAAUUUCCUGCUGAUUUGGGUGAAAUAGGUAUCUGUUUCUGCAUUGGUUUUUUGUUUAGGCAUAACAUUGCCAAUUAUUUAACAAGGUUAAGCAGUCAGAAGCAGACUGGAGGGUUGCCUGCCCUCUCCAGGCAUGAAUGGAGCACAAAUUUCUACCUUCAAAGAGAAGCAGUUGCAUCAGUAGCAAUGUUAGUAAUUAAACCAGGGUUCUGAGCUAGUUUUGAAUCCUGGUUGACCAGAAACCCUAGUUGAACUUAACUAGGUUUACGCUAGUAGCAACAUUAAUGAGGCAUUUCAAACCAUAGUUUGGUGUUACAAAAAUGAGCAGGCUGUCAUUCUUUCAUCCUUGAAAUUAGAAGUUUCUAUUUAUGGCUUGUGGCAGCCAUCAUCAUUAUUAUUAAUUAAAUUUACAUACCGCUCUAUACCUGGGGCUCUCAUAGCUUGGUGUUGUGUCUGAAGCCAGUAAACUAUGAUAUGCUGCAAACUUCAAUCAGAAACUUUUCAUCUUGGUGCUGAAGGGGAAAAAGGAGCAGCAAACCUGAGACUUGUACCUGCUCAUUCCCUUCAUGCCAAACAAUGUCUGAGUGGCCCCAGUGCUUAACCAGAAUGGGUGUGGUAGAAAGGAACAUGUAGUGCCAGAGUCUGCUAAAGGUUGCUUGGUUGUAGUUAAAUAUUACGCCAGAGGAAGACCAAGUAGCCAAAGACCAGUCAUAGUUAGCCUUGUUUGCUUGGCCAUACAGUGGCAAUAAAGGGUUAAAAGAAUACUUUCUAUUCUUCUGUUGGAAGAGUCUGGUAUUGAAAAGAACCUUUAAGAAUUUAUACCAGAGUUGGGGAGCUUGUGGUUCUCCAGAGGUUGAGACUACAGCUCCAGGGAUCACUGACCAUUGACUGUGCUGACUGGAACUGAUGGGGGCUGUUGUCUAACAACAUAUGGUGGACUGCAGCUUCCAGAUUUACACAAAUAGCCCAUUGAAAACAAAAUUAAUGCUUUCAUUAUAUAUUACACCAGAAAGUACAGUGAUGUUAUAGUUAAGAAUUUUUCAGAGAUGUAGAACCCAUACUUCUAAUCCAAAUGUGAGUAAGCGGUAAUGAGGUGCAAUUUUGUUUUAGGUAAUUUAUAUGGUUAAGAAUAUUUAUACUCUCUUAUUUCUUGCAUUAGCCAGAAAACACCAUUCUAACCGUUUAAUGUAGGCAUUUCCUACAAAAGCCAUAAUUUGAUGAAAGUAGGCCACUUGCUAAGUUGAAAAGAUGAUGAUAACCUUAGCUAAUGGGUUUUUAAGCAUACAUGCAAGACGAUAAAGCAGUGCAAAUCUUUGGCUCAGAGCACAAACUUACAUAUGUGCUGCUGAUCUAAAAAUUCUCGUUGCAUGGGAUUUUUUCAAUUUGAUUUCAGGGUGGUAGCUGUAGUACAUUUGCGCUAUCUCCCUGCUCAUUAAAAUAAAGGUCUUUUUAAAAUGUGUGUUACAUAAUUGAUAUUCGAGGAAGCUAAAAGCCAACAAAAAAGGCAAAUUUGUCCAUUAUCUCCCCAUCCUGAUGCCACCAAGAUGUGUCUCAAUCCCAUUUAAGAUACCAUGCAAAUUUUCAUUGCUCAUACUUUCCCUUUGGGGACUUGAAAAGUGCUGGAAGGCAGGGCAGGGUUAAGUGACUCGCUCAGCAUUGAGGGAAAUGUCAUAAAGGAGCUGGAAGUCACCACUCAUUUGUUUGCUGCUACAGUCUAUUCAGAUCUUUCCCAUUCCCAGAGGGUUUUCCCCUAGAAGAGCCGUGGGACACACUUUCUCAUGUCCCUAUCACAUUUCUUUCACCACUAGGAGAAGUGAAGAACUAAACCAAGACAUCCCGUGUGUCUUGAAAUCAUCCCUUUUCCUGGGAGAGCAACCUCCUGAGGUGAUGCUGGUAUUAGAAGGAUGCUAGGGUUAGAGGCCAUCUUUGAUAUUUCCUGCAGUCUGAUCAUAGCUGUCAACUUUUCCCUUUUCUUGCGAGGAAUCCUAUUCGGAAUAAGGGAAUUUCCCAUAAAAAAAGGGAAACGUUGACCGCUAUGAGUCUGAUGAAAAGAAGCCUUCCACGUUUAAAUGGUGCUCAAUAUUUCAGGAUGGUCAGAGGGGGCCUUGCCUCCAUUUUUGGAGAACAUUUAGGAAGAGUACUAGGGAGGGGGUCAUUAUUCGCAAUUUGGGAGGAGGUUGGUGUCACAUAUACACCCCGUGCCCCAGGUACAUGUGUAGAAGUGUUCAGGGAUCUUUCACUGUCAUCCAGUAUAAUGAAAAACUCCCCUGGUUCAGAUGUAAAAUUAAGAAUACUUCCCUGACAUGUGCUGGCUUUCACAAUGUAAACUCCUUAUUGCAUAAAACAGUUUGUAUAAAAUAUGUUUGUGACUUUUAAACGGACAACUUGAGUGCUUGCUUUGUUUAAUUGCAAAUAGCUUUUGUUCUUUUUCUUCAAUUUGACAGAAUAUUGCAAAUUGUUCUCCUUACAGGCAUUGUUUGAAUACAUUUUUCACCAUGAGAAUGAUGUCAAGAACGUAAGUCUUAUUUAUUUCUAACUUAAAGGGCUCUUUUCAGUUGAAAUGUUACUUUUGAGUAUGAGAUAGAAGUAGAAUUUUCUUCAACUGGUAUACAGGAGUUUUAAGUGGGGCAAAGUUGCAACUUCUGGAAAGGCAAAAGAUAAACUAAACUCACAACUCAAGAAGGCCGCUUGUUUUAAAUUUAUUUAUUGCAUUUAUAUCCCACCUUUCUUCCAAGGAGCACAACGUGGCAUUAACAACAACAACAACAAUAAAAAUACCUUUAUUGUCAAUGUACAGCCUGUGUACAGUGAAAUUAACCAAGCCUCCCCCCGCAAACACUCAAUCUCAUUGCACUCUGUGUGCUUAUCGCACAACACACCACCUCGCAAGUCAGUUGCACUAUGUUAUUUUCCGUUCUCAUCCUCAUUUAAUCCCCACAAUAACCCUGUGAGGUAGGUUUGGCUAAGUGCAUGAUUGGCCCCAAGGUCACCCAGCUUCCUGGGCCUAGAUACAUUCACUCUUUAGUGGCUUUUCUCUAUCAGUACCAUGAGUAUGAAGAUUGUUGCUUAUUUCAGCACCUCCCAUCAUGUGACGUACCAGGUUUUUCACCAGUUACAUCCAUACUUUGAUAAAUUAUUGUUUUCAGAGCAGAAGUAUACUAGCCAUAUAAAUCAUCACAGAAUUCCCUCUAGUUGAGAUAAACAAUGCUUUCAUUUUUGAUAUGUCCAUGUAUGUUCUAUGCACCGUAACAACCCGUUCUGGGCAAGGCGCUUUACACAUAUGCAAGCAACACAAAUGUACUGCUUGUUUGAGGCUUUGUUUCCUCCAGCACUUUUCCCCUCCAAGCUACAAGCUGUCUUUCCAGCUAGAAGGAAUGAAUGAAAGAAAAAAAGCUUGCGUGUAUAUUUGCAGGAAACUGCUGGAGGGGAAAAGAGUCUAAUAAAGAAUGAUGGGCACAUGAGCUGAUGCAUGUGCAUUGCCGAAUUAAGACAGUUUUUCUGGAGUGGAACUUUUCUGCAUCUAAAUGGCUUAGGAAUAGGAGGAGUAUAUGUGAUUUAAAUUAAAACAUUCCAAGUUCCCUUUCUCCAACAAUUAUGUCAGUUUAACCAAGACUGGGAAGAACCAGGGGUCUUAAAUCUUUUAAAGAAUUUCCUUCUUAAUAGAGCCCCCAGCCCCAGAUUUCCCCCUUGAAACUGCUGAUUGUUGAAAAACUGGGUAUGAUACAAAAGCGUGUUAGGGAAAUGCUAUUGCACAUACAGAAUGCACAUUGUGAGAUCUGUGUACGCUUGACAAAGCUCCCCUCUGUGUGGCAGCCAGUGUUUCAAAAUACUGUUCAAUGGUGAAGAAUUUAAUGAUUAGCUGGCUGCUACUGCCUUUUUUACAGCUCUCUAAACUCUACUCCCUCAGUCUCCAGCUUUAUAAGCAGGCUAGUAUGGCUUUGGGGAACUUGCACAUUUUUUUGUAUUAAAUCUGCAAGCCCUGAAAGUGUUGAUCCAAUUAAAAGCAGAUAAUACUUGAGAUGAGGAAGAGUCGUGCUGUAGCACCUUAGCUAUUAAUUACAUUUUUUGGCUUUGAGAGGUUUUUUUAAUGCAUUUAUAAAACACCUCUGUUAAUUCUGCAAGUCCUUAAAACUGAUAAGGUUAUUACUUUCCUUUCUGGUUUUCACCUAAUAGCGCAUUUUAAAAACAGUCAAAACCCAGUAUUUUUCUAUUGUGUUGUAUUCUUUGCUUUAAUCUUUUUUCUUUUAUUUUUUUACACGUUACUAAUCCGUGUGUGUGUGUGUGUUUAAAUCUCAUAAGUGUUUUGUUUUUUAAGGCUUUAGAUUUGGCAGCAUAUGGCACGCAACACGCUCAGUUCAAGGACUGGUGGUGGAAAGUUCAAAUUGGGAAAUGUUAUUACAGGUAAAACAUCUCACCUGUUCUUAAACCUGGGGCUCAGUCCAGUCUGCUCAACCCAGUGGAUGUCCCAGAGAGAGAUCCCCAUAGGGCAGGGAUAGCCAGCAUGGGUAUUGUCGGACUCCAGCUCUCAUCAGCCCCAGUAUGCUUGGCAAAUGAUGAGAGAUGAUUGGAGUUGUAUCCCAGCAACAUCUAGAGGGCACCACAUUGCCUGUCCCUGCCAUAGGACAUAACAGAGGCCUGGUCCACACCUGUAAACCCUUUCCUUAUCCCUGUCCAGCUUUCCCAUCUAUUUAGUUCAAUCCAAGCAGAAGAAGACAGGCUGGGAGUUUCUUGUUCCCCUGCCAUGGGCUAUCUACUUCUUUUGACAGGGUUUAGCAAGAUCAAUUCAAGGGGAGGUGGAGAAGACUAAAAUUUUAAUUUCCAAUGUCCUAUUUCCCCCAUAUUUUUCCACAUUGAUGGUGCUUUUUAAUUUAGAAUAUUUAUAAAAAUGUAAUCUCUCCCCUGCCAUGUUUCUACAGUUUUGUCAUACCUUUUAUUGCAUUUUUCCUCAGACUAGGAUUAUAUCGUGAAGCAGAAACACAAUUUAAAUCCGCUUUGAGACAACAGGAUAUGGUAGAUACAGUACUGUAUUUGGCAAAAGUAAGUUGGACUUUACAAUGAAAAAAUUAAUCAUUUCAGAUUAAAAGUUUGAAACUGUAACCUGGAAGUGCGGUGACAGCAGUGCUGAGGCCCUUGAAUUUGAAUGUUUUCAAAAUAUUAAUAUUUUAACCUUUUUACAGGUUGGUCAAGGAUUUUAUCUGUUCUUGUUAAUAAAAUUGUUUGGCUUUGUUUUCCAGUUACUAAUGCAGUUUUCUAGAUCUCCUUUCUUUUUAGCUGCAUGCAUUUGGUUAGUUUUAAUAACUCUCUAGGCUUAAUAACUCUUAAGCCAUCACUCUUACCGCAAUUCUGGUUUCUGUAAUACUCCUUGGUGCUGCAAGUAGCAAACUUGCACUGAUUUCCUUGUCCAUCACAUGUAUUGUCAUCCCCCUACCCUAUUUAUGCAAAAACCUGCAUAUCUAAUUAGCUAUAUGUACAAUAUUGUGGAUAAAAGCAGAGCUGGCUUUUCGCCUUUAGUGGUGCGCACCACUGAAGGGACAGAACAAUUGAAUUGCUUGCUUAGUUAUGUGUGGCUUCAACUGAAACUUCUCUAGCUGUGUGAAACCCCCAUCUCUCCCUUUCUCCUUUCUCCUCUCCUCCCCCCAAUAUGUUGCUUUUCAGAAUUAACAAGGUACCAUGUAAUCUUCCUUUAUAUGUAAAUCUGUCGCUGAAUGUGUUUAUAUCAAGGGGAGCAAUUAUGGAAAGCUGUUGAAAGAGAAAUGGGUUCGGGUGUUAAAGAACUGAGAAGAAACAAGACAAGCACAAUGCAGACAUUUAAAAAAACUUUUUAAUGCAGGUAUUGCUGGGAUUAAUCCUUUGGGAGCUGCUAUAUAGCCUAUAAACAGACAGAAAUUUACAGUGAAGACUGCUUUAGAUGCAAUAUAAGACUGACGUAUAGAAAUGAGUGUUUCUGAGAGUAGCUUGUUGUGGUUAAACUGCUUAAAAUGACCUCCUUUAUUGGUAAUAUCAAUUUGAGAUGGUCAGAGUCCAGCAUGCCUUUUAAUAAAAAUGAACCUAGCCAAUCUCAUUUAUUCCUUCUCUCCAGGAAGCAAUUACUUCUGUUUGUCAAUAGAAGAGACAGUAGGGAGUAGUUGGCAAAUGAAUGCAGUGAUCCUGGUGUUCUUAUUUCUAUUGCUUUUUAUGAAGACACAUUUUCAAGCUGUUCUGUAUCCUGUUAGUCACAUAAUUCUUGCUGAAGGUGCCUUUUCAAAGGAGACGGUUGUGGUUCAGUGCAAAAUUUGGGAGGAUUUGCUAUUGUAGUCAUAGUAAUUUGUUUCCUCGCAAAAAGAGUUGGGUACUGUUUGUACCACUUUGUGCUCUUGCUUUAUUGCCUAUUUCAUUUAAUGAGAACACCAGUGACAGCUGACUUUCUGUUCUUCUGUAUGCCAUGUCAGCAGUACAUAUUUUAUCAUGUUAUUUCACUGGUAUGCGUGACCUCAACAGGUUUUGCUCUCACAAAACAAUGUAUUUACACUGUGCAGCUUGAAGAAAUUGGUUGGGUAUUGAGUUCACCUGCAUAACAGGUUAUAUGCGUAUUCCUCUAGCUAAAUCUGUUAGGGCCCAAGCAGAGGGAAACUUGGUGUUUUUCCUGGCAGCCUUGAGUUUUUCCCACUAUGUAGGUCUUAACUGAGAAUGGAGCUAUGACUCUCUGGCAUACAACUGAGUUGAGUCCUGGAAAGUGCACAGAGGCAGUUUCCCACCCUUUCAUAUUAUACCUUGAUGCUGCCUUGUUCAGAGACUUUUAUGUAGCACCUAUACCACAAACAGCUACUUGUCAGAUGUUAGAAUCAUUCUAGCCAUUGAUGCAGAUGCACCCAUCAUUUAUUUGCUCAGGUGUAUUCCCGCUUAGACCAGCCUCUGACAGCUUUAAAUGUUUUCAAGCAAGGAUUAGAUCGGUUUCCUGGAGAAGUCUCCCUCAUUUGUGGUAUUGCCAGGAUCCACGAGGUAUGUAAAACAAGUUUCUAUUGUAAACGAAGCAAAGUUACAGGGAACCAGGCAGAGGGCCUUCUCAGUAGUGGCGCCCGCCCUGUGGAACGCCCUCCCAUCAGAUGUCAAAGAAAUAAACAACUAUCUGACUUUUAGAAGACAUCUGAAGGCAGCCCUGUUUAGGGAAGUUUCUAAUGUUUGAAGUUUUAUUCUGUUUUAAUGCUUCGUUGAAAGCCACACAGAGUGGCUGGGGAAACCCAGCCAGAUGGGUGGGGUAUAAAUUAUUAUUAUUAUUAUUAUUAUUAAACAAAGAUAAGUGUUCAGCGUGCCCAUUUUUGUCCUCAAAAAUUCACUGCACUAAUUUCCAGCAUGUUGUAAUGCAAGUCACAUUAUUCAGUGCUUGACGUGGGAAGCUUGAACCAAGCCCACCCAUUGUUGUUGUUGUUGUUGUUGUUGUUUAGUCGUUUAGUCAUGUCCGACUCUUCGUGACCCCAUGGACCAGAGCACGCCAGGCACUUCUGUCUUCCACUGUCUCCCGCAGUUUGGUCAGACUCAUGUUUGUAGCUUCGAGAACACUGUCCAACCAUCUCGUCCUCUGUCGUCCCCUUCUCCUUGUGCCCUCCAUCUUUCCCAACAUCAGGGUCUUUUCCAGGGAGUCUUCUCUUCUCAUGAGGUGGCCAAAGUAUUGGAGCCUCAGCUUCACGAUCUGUCCUUCCAGUGAGCCCUCAGGGCUAAUUUCCUUAAGAAUGGAUGCGUUUGAUCUUCUUGCAGUCCAUGGGACUCUCAAGAGUCUCCUCCAGCACCAUAAUUCAAAAGCAUCAAUUCUUCGGCGAUCAGCCUACCCAUUAUUGUAGUCUUAUUCUGGAAUAUAGGAACAUAGAAAGCUUUAUGAUACAGAAAGUCAAGUCACUGAUCCAUCUCACUCUGAAGUGUUUUACACUGGCAAGAAGUGGUUCUCCACAUUUUCAGACUGGAAGAUGGUAUAGAUUGAACCUGGGGCUUUUUUGCAUUCAGUGCACACCCCUUCUGAGUUCUGUUGCAAUUGUCUUUCUAGCUUCAAACAACUUCAAAGGCAAAUCUGCAUUUAGUCCAGUGAGGCAUUGCCUGAUAUUGACCUUGUAGUCCUCUGUCUUCCUCUAGCAUUUGUUGUUCACUUCAAACAGAAGAAACAAACGUCUGAGCGGGCAAAGAACCUGUCAGAAGGACUUUUCAUAGACCGAUACUGAGUUAAUCAGUAUUUGUCAUUUGGGGAUUCAUUUAUGCUAGUAAGAAUUCCUGCAGUAAAUCACUUCACUUCACUUUCAGCAGAGUGUAUAUUUUUCAGUAUUUAUUUAUAUAAAUAUGUACAAAAUACUUUCCCCAUAUCCUUGAAGGAGCUUACAGAAUAUAACAUUCAAUGAAGGAGUUCACAAAAGAUAAACAAGUUGAGUGAAUACAACUUAAAAACAAGAUUAAAAUACAACAAUUAAAAUAUUGAAACAUUAAAAUAUUAAAAUGCAGUCUCAUCACAGGAGGAGAAAGGAAAAAGAAAAAAGAAAGAGGGGGAGGGAAUCAAAUUGGCUCCAAGCCAAAGGCCAGGCGGAACAACUCUGUCUUACAGGCCCUGUGGAAAGAAAUCAGAUCCUGCAGGGUCCUGGUCUCAUGAGGCAGAGUGUUCCACCGGGCUGGAGCCAGUGUUGAAAAGGCCCUGGCUCUGGUUGAAGCUAAUCUAACUUCCUUAGGGCCCAGGACCACUAGGGUGUUGCUAUUUAUGGACCUUGAGGCUCUCCGUGGGGCAUACCAGGAGAGGCGGUCCUGUAGGUACGAGGGUCCUAGGCCGUGCAGGGCUUUAAAGGUCAAAAGCAGCACCUUAAAUCUGACCCUGUACUCUACUGGGAGCCAGUGCAGUUUGAAAAGCACUGGGUGAAUAUGCUCCCAUGGCAGAGACCCCAUGAGGAGCCUCGCUGCAGCAUUGUGCACCCGCUGGAGUUUCUGGGACAGCUUCAAGGGCAGCCCUGCAUAGAGCGAAUUACAGUAGUCAAGCCUGGAGGCGAUGGUCGCAUGGAUCACUGUGGCCAGGUCGGGGCGGGAAAUAGUAAUUAAGGUUACUAUUCUAAAAAAGAGUUACUGGAGACUUAUUUCUGAAUAAACAAUCCACACAUAAUAAACAGAAUAGCUCAAGGUAAACUAAAAAAAGGUAGCCACUAUCUUGAAAACAGUUAUUUGCCAACUUGUAACAUAACAGGAGCUAGAGAGGGAGGAGGAUCAUUCAGCAAUAUAAAACAUAGUAGAUGGGUGGAAUGCAAUGCAUCUCUUUUUAAGAUGAAAGCCUGUUAAUGCUAUUAAAGGGUUUGCAAUGCUAAUUUUAUAAUGAAGAUACAGAUGUUUUUGAAUUCAAGAUUUUUCAAGAGUUUUGUAGUUUUGUCUGAUGUGUAACUUUGUCUUCACUUUGCUAGGCCCUAUUAUAUAUUUAUGCAGAGAACAGUUGUUUAACAACUACCAUCUAACAUUUGCUGCAACAUUGUUCCAGAAAGAAUUUGAAAUGUUGUUUUGUUUACAAUUCCUUUAAAAAGAAAAAGCUCAGGGCAGCUAUAUCGUGAACAUUCCACAUUGUACUUUUUGUUGUCCCUUUUCUGUGGAAUUGCUCUAAUAGCAGAGGACUGGGAGAGUAGCUUGGCCUUUGAUCAACCACUCUAAUGUGAAUGUGUCUACUCAGAAGUAAGCACCAUUAAGUUCAAUGGCACUUACAUCAAGGUAAGUGGGCUUGUAGCCCCAGGGAGGCUUGCCAGUGCCUUACACUUUAACAACCAAGCUUUUAAGUGGCCCUUAAAAAAACUUUUGUCCAUGAUUGUUUACCUAACCUACUCUGUCAAUCAGAAGAGUGUGUUUCCAUGCUAUAGGAAACUGAUGCUACUAUGCAGUACUGUUUACCUUGUUGCAGCCUAUAAAUAGCAGGAGAAACCCAAUAGCAUGCCUACUUACUGUGAGUAGGCUUGGAGAAAACAUAUGGAGUGCUAUUUAAAAUUAUCGUUCUGCAGUAUAGUUGCUUUUUGGCAAUAAAGAGGUAGGUGGAGAAGAGGCAAUUUGCAAGAAGGCAUAUAAACUUGGGGUGCUGUAUACUGUCUAAUAAAACUUGUAUAAUCUCUGUUCCGUUUUGUCUCUGCUUAUUAUUUGAAAUAUUACUGUUUAUAGUUUUAUGUAUAUAUCAAAGCUACUCUUACAAUGUGUCAAUGCUCCCAUCUGUAGGAAAUGAACAACAUUUCUGCUGCUGCAGAGUGCUAUAAAGAUGUCUUAAAACAAGACAACACCCAUGUGGAAGCCAUUGCAUGCAUUGGAAGUAAUCACUUUUAUUCUGACCAGCCGGAGAUAGCAUUGCGUUUUUACAGGUAGGAUGUGCAUGUACAUUUAUUCAAGUCUUAUGUCAGCUGAAAAGGAAAACUAAUGGCUGGUGUAGAUCUGGGGAUGGGGGCAUGGCCAACUAAAUGAUAUCUUUGCAAGAAUCCUAUUGUGAUAGCCCUAGAAGGAACCUGUGUAGAAUCUGUAGCCCUGUUUGUAUAAAGCAUCCCCGAUAGGUUUCUAUGCAACCUUUUCUCCAAAAUGUACUAGAAGAAUUAGUCCCUUAUUUCUGAGCUGCUCUUAUUAGUUCUACCUGCCUGUAGUAUACAGCCCAUUAAUUCACCACAUAUCCCCGAAGGCUGUGGCAAACAUUUGUGUUCCUUUUUCUGUUAAGUGUUCUGAAUGUUCUCAAUGUUAAAAUUGUUUUUCCUCUUAUCCGGAACAUAGAUUUUCUGCCUAAAUAAUGCACUUGAGUUCCUUUUCUGGGCUUUCCCCAGCAGUUUCUGUGAGCCAUUUGUAGCAAUUAUGACUCCACAGAACAAAGGGUGGCUUUGUUGUCUGAUGAAAGCUCUUUGGCAGAAAGAUGAGAUAUAAUUUUAAAUGGUAAAUAAAUAAAAUUUCAAAGAGGUGUGUGCUUGAGUGCUGGACAGAAUGAGCCUCCGCAGAAACCCAGAAACAAAGGGGAAUGCUUUUUUUACCCUUUACUUUCUAGAUAUUGCAAAGGUAUAUUUGGUAUUUGAAAAGUUAUGCCAUUAGAAAUGUUUUGGACCUGAUGAAAUGCCAGACUUUAUGACAACAGAAGUGCUUUCUGGGGUUGCAUUGUUUGACUGUUCUACUUAGAGGUGCUCCUCAUGGGAGAUGAUGAUGAUGGCUGAACAGUAUUUAGAAAAGUCCCAUCAAAUUGUUUUGCUUUUGGGAGAUAAGAGGGUUUGGGGGGGGGGGGAGAAAUACAUGAGUGCCAAAUAAUAAUUUCACCCAUUUUAAUAUAAAUUUUACAAUAGUGACACUCGAUCAUUUUAAGGCCAGCUUUCUAUAUUAGAAAGUGGGUGUUGAAGCUGCUGAGAAUGCUGAAUUUGACUCUUGACCAAGACAGAGGCCCUGUGGAUAGGCUAUUUCCUUGUCUGGGAAUUUGGGAAGCUGCCUCUUCUGGGUGGAGAUGAACUCCCUCUGAAGUAGCAGGUGUGUAAUCUGGGCAUGCUCCAAUACCCAUCACUGUCAGUAGAGGUACAGGUGGACUCCAUGCCAGCUGGGAAGAGUCCCAUAUUGCCGUUCUUUCUCACUAUCUUCUCUGAUGAAGUUUUUUCAGGAGGGUUGGCAAUAGUGUGGGAAGAACCGCUGGCUGUGUUUCUCCCGUGAGGUUUUGGUUUUCUGGUGUCGCUGAGUAGUGUGGAAAGAAAUCAUGCCACAGCAAAGGGUCAAAUUACUAUUUAUACCUUCUUUUUUCCUAAAAAUUAUGUGAGUAGUGUUCAUGCAAUAUAUAAGUUGCUUUCAUAAUCCAUACUACAAAAUAAAAACAUUUCUUUCCCCUCUUGAACUAGACGGCUCCUGCAGAUGGGUAUUUAUAACAGCCAGCUCUUCAACAACCUGGGCCUCUGUUGUUUCUAUGCCCAGCAGUAUGACAUGAUUCUCAGCUCCUUUGAACGUGCCCUCUCUCUUGCUGAAAGCGAGGAGGAGGCUGCAGAUGUGUGGUACAACUUGGGACAUGUAGCUGUGGUAAGAGCCAGUACUAGUUAAGAAUACUUCAUUGAAACAUUUGUAUGGGAAUAAUGAAACGUUAUCCUAGAAAGCUAUUUGCAAGUCAAUAACACUGCCCAGUUUCUUCUUGGAUUAGGGAUACAGACCUAGUUUUGAAGAUCGAAAGGAUGCAAGGAGGAGUGCUUUUGCUUUCUACAUAGCAGAAUCAAUGUGAACGUUGGGGAAGGCAGGAAAGGAAAUAGGAGGGAAUUGCAGCAGAAAUAGAUAAAGGCACUGCAGAAGGCUGCUUAAAGCUGUCCUUUGCUCUUAAAAGUCCCCCAGCCCAAGCCAUAUCAAAGUAUUUCUGGACAAGCUUUUGUUCCUCUGUGGCAAAACACCCUGCACGCACCUUUCAAGGGCACACUGUUUCCUAUGCUGCAAUCGUAGCAUUAAAAACUGCUCUGGUAUUAAAGCCUGGCUCUGAAUCAACCUAAUGCAGUACAAUGCUAUGCCAGAGUAACUUCAAAAGACUUCCUCUUUACGUUGUCCACAUCUCUGUGUAUUAACAGAUGUGCAAUAAUUGAUUGAGAUGCAUACACACCACACACAUAAAUCAGUGCCCUCUGCCAGUCGCUGGGAGCAAUUGUGGGAUUCAGCAGCAUACGGUCUGUAAGCCUAGAGUUUGCAUGUAGCCAAGGACCAGAGCUCAGCGGUAGUAAAAGUGUUUUGCAUUCAGAAUUUCCCUGGUUUAAAUCCUGAUAUCAGGGAUGAUGAGAGUUAUAGUCCAACCACAUCCUUACUCCUCCUCUAGAGCAUAACAAAAUGGUUAGUGGAAUAUGCCAGGCAUGAUGACGUAUGAGCUCAUAUGUGUAUACACACACCACCCCCUCACCAAGCAAGAUCUCUGUGGGGGAAGGAGGCUGGCUCAACUUGUGUCUGAGCAGGUUUUCUCACGUUGUGGUCUCCCAAGGAAAUAAGGGAAAAUAAAGUGGUUCGGGUACUGUUCCAGGUUCUAAGCAAUUUGAGCUACAUACAUAGUCCUUCUGUUGCUUCUGUUUCUUGGUUACGCUAAAGGGUGACAACGAUGGCACCUUUUUUUUUUUUUUUAAUUAUGUAUUUUUGGCUUUUCCUUCUCAGGGAAUAGGAGAUAUAAGCUUGGCUUAUCAGUGCUUCAAACUUACCUUGGCCAACAACAACGACCAUGCAGAAGCUUACAAUAACUUGGCUGUGCUGGAGAUGCAGAAAGGCCGCGUAGAGCAGGUUGGUAUUCUGCUCUAAAGGAAAACAGUAGCUUACAUAUUGUUUCAGGGUAGUUGUUGCUUGAGAUGAAUGAAGGGGUGAUUUCAUAUUCUGAUGUGUAAUCUCCAUUGUAAGAAGGAAGUGAGACACGGGCAACGUACACCCACCAGGAGCAACACCUCAAUGCCUUCCAUAUGCACUGUGUCAGAAAGAUUUGGGGCAUCAUAUGGCAGGACAGAGUCUCAAACAAAUAUGUACUCUCCCAAGCCCACAUGCCCAGCAUGUUCACACUUCUAUCUCAGUGACAUCUAUGCUGGCUUGUUUGUGUAUACAGAAUGGAAGAUGGCAGGAUCCCCAAGGAUUUGCUUUACGGGAAACUGGCUUCAGACACCAGGCUUGUUGGCAGACGAAUUCUGUGUCACAGAGAUGCCUGCAGAUACGACAUGAAGACUGGCAACAUUAACCCUGCUGUGUAGGAAUCCCUUGCAGACAAUCACAGGGCCUAGAGACAGACAGGUGGUUUAUCCACAGCAGUGACCAGAGGAGACAUGACUGCUGGGAGGAGCACAGAGAAGAAGAAGAAGAAGAAGAAGAAGAAGAAGAAGAGGAGUAGUUUGAAUUUGAUAUCCCGCUUUAUCACUACCCUAAGGAGUCUCAAAGCGGCUAACAAUCUCCUUUCCCUUCCUCCCCCACAACAAACACUCUGUGAGGUGAGUGGGGCUGAGAGACUUCAGAGAAGUGUGACUAGCCCAAGGUCACCCAGCAGCUGCAUGUGGAGGAGCAGGGAAUUGAACCCGGUUCACCAGAUUACAAGUCCACUGCUCUUAACCACUACACCAAAUGCCAUGGUUCCUCUGUAACAGUGAAACCGACGGCUUCAUUUGCCCCACCUGCAGUAAUGCAAUGUCUCUCACGUAUUGGUCACUACAACCACAGCAGGCUCUGUAACUCUCCAACAGUUUGACUUUACUCACAAUGGCGCACUGUUCCAUUGUUUCCUGAGACAGACAGAUGCAAAAUAAAAGUUCCAUUGUAAGAACCUGGCUGGAAACAAGCACAGGUUUAUCUACAGCAUUCUUGCAGCAUGCACUGUUUGAGAAUUCUAAAGCUAGGAAACAGAUCUGAAGACCGAGAUGAAAAGACCAUAAACACCACCCUGAAAAUGAGCAUUCAAAGUGGACUAUAUUUGUUGGUAGAGAGCAACAAUAGAAAUGCAGUGGGAUCUUGCACCAUUUGAUUGUUGCACUAACCCAGAAAUAGUACCUCGGGUUAAGAACUUUGCUUCAGGAUGAGUACAGAAAUUGCGUGGCAGCAGCGGGAGGCACCAUUAGCUAAAGUGGUUAAGAAAAGUUUCAGGUUCAGAACGGACCUCCAAAACGAAUUGAGUUCUUAACCCAAGGGACCACUGUAUCUGUCAUUACUCAAAUUGCAUGCACCUUUCUGAAAAUGUCAUCAAUAGAGUGUGCCUUCGACUUGCCAUUUGGUUGACUGUGAACAAGAUUGAUGAAUUUCUUAAUUGAAUAGUGAAAGUGUUUUGGGGGGGUUUAAAUUUUCAGCAGAUAAGCUACAGUACAACAUGCAGUCCUUAGAUCUCUGUUUCUAAGCAGCAAGUUGCUUUCAAGGCUACUAUAUAAAUAUUCUAGCAAUUGCCAUGGCAACAUUCAAAUGUACUCCUGCAUUCCUUGUAGUGAUAGAUGAAGAUCAGUUUUACAGAGCCAUAUUCAGUUGGCCUAUGCUUGGGCUUCAUUUGUAGCUUAAGGUAUGAUAACAGUGAAAGAAGAAGUGGCUUGUUGCAAGCUGUUUAAAAAACCAUUGUCACUUGAGUUCAAGAAACUUUCAGUGCAUUUGCAGUUCAUGUGCUUGAGGUUUACCUCCUGAAGCUUAGAAAUCACCACACUUUCCCCACUCAGCAACGACCUCUUCUUCAUAAUCAGGAGUGCCUCUAAGUCAAGGGUAGCUGGACUGCAGCAUACAAACAGCCUGCCAAGGGAUUUUGGGGUGGCUUGCAGACCUCCCCCCAAAAAAACAAUUUUCCAUGUUUAAUUACCUUCAUUGGGCUUUCACAAGUGCCCUUAGAUAAGUUUUGCUGCUUUUUAACUUAGUUGGGGCUUCUCAGAGCUAUUUUUUCUAGCAAAGGAGGUUCUGGAACUCACCAUGAACACCUCCCUUGUUCUCUUAGAAUGGCAAUGGUGCCCUCCUGAGAGGUGCCGGAACUGAGUCCUGGGGAUUUCCAGCUGAAGAAAAGCCCUGGGGCUUCUUAAAAAAACCCAAAUGUCUAAUCGAUUAUUUCCUGUUGCUGCUUCUAGGUGUGCUCUUAAUAGUGCUACUUUUUAAAAGCCCUUUCAAUUUACUUCUAUUAACUGCUGGUUGCAUUAUCCCUCCCACUGUGAUGCCUGCAGCAGCUGAUGAUUAAUGAUCGUUCCCGAGUGCUGCCAAAGGCAUCGAAGCAGGACAAACAGUGCAGCCAGCCAGCAAUUAAUAGAAGUGAAGUUAUAAUAGAAACAAUCGAGGGGAAUAAAAGUAUUGAAGUCAGCAUCACCUGUUAAUCUCAUUGGUAAGCAAAUUUGGGGAAAUUUUGGCGAGGGGAGGAGGGACUUUGAAGGAACCAUAAUAAAGAAAAAAACAUUUUUUAAAAAAUGCAAAUGAGUUGAGGAAGGGACUAAGGAAGUGAACAGACUGACUUUGGAUAGAAAGAAAAUUAAAGGUAUUCAUUUUCCAGAUCAGCCACACCUACUUUUCUAUCCCAGCCAUGCUCACUUUACCAUGCAGGCCUCAGAGGGUUGACUGUGAGUCAUUGUGGCUAAAACAAGGUUAGGUGCCUUGCUCUAAGUUAUUUCCAGACAUGUGUUUUCUAGGAAACAUGCAUACAGUGCACAUCCUUGCUGUUACCUUGAAUUAACUUCCCUCUUGCUGCUUAGAAACCAAAGUUGAUGUGAUUAGAAUCCUGAAGUAGCAGCUCUGUGACAGCAGUUAUUAAAAAACACAUAAAUCCAUCACCAAAUUCCACCCCAUGAUUGCUUGAUCCGUGGCUUUCAUAAAUUGUACUUCUGGUUUCUCAGAAGCAGAUCACAAUGCUGGCAAUUUCUUUGCCGCUUAGGCUGGGCAACUGAGUGCUGUGCGAAUUGGGGGUCAGACUGCAUAUAUGCACAGUGUAUCAUCCUUCAUGUCUUCCUGUGACAGUCUGUUUUUCCGUGAGCCUCCGGGAAACACUAAGAUAAGAAUUCUGCUGUCCAAGCACUUCAAAGGACAGAACAUUUGUCAAUUCUAAUCCUUCGCCAUCCUGCAAGAAUAAAGCUGGAGGGUGAGCAGAUAGGGAGGGGAACUGCACAUUUGCAGGGUUUGGGGGUAAUGCUAAUUUCAGAGUAGGCUGCAUGUGUGUGGGUGCAUAUAAUGUUUUAUAAAAUUAUAUAACAUUGCAUAACAUAUCUCCUGCUAACGCUGACAGUUGCUAAUGUUGUGGAAUGUUACAGCAGCCCCGCUUGAGAAAUGGGCAGUAGAUCAGUGGUAGAGAACUGUUUUGUAUGCUGAACGUCCCCGGUUCAUUCCCCAGCACCUCUAGGCAGGGUUGGAAAGACCUUUGUCUGAAACCAUGGGGACCUGCAGCCAAUCCAUGUACCUAAACUGAGCUAGAUGGACCCGUGUCUGAAACUGGAACCUUAAUUUCCCCUGUGGAUGAGAGGGUUAUGACAGAGAUCAGCUUAGAAAAUGUAUUUAAACUACAUCAGCAGAAGACCAGCGAAUGUAUUUUGGUUUAUGAAGGAUGCAAACCAUAAUAAAUCAAAGGAAAAUCAAAGUCACAUUAUAAAGAAAAGAGUCUUAGGGAUUGAGAAAUAUAGGGUACAAAGUAUGCAAGGGGAAAACUGGGAUACAAUGAUUUCAUGUGAAAAUAAAGUGUGCAAUAAAACUAUUUAAACGUCAGGUAAAGUGGUGGUUAUGCACAAGGAUUACAGUAUGCAAAAUUUAAAGAAACUACAACUUUGCCACCCAAACCCGACCAGCCCUCUAGUUGAAAUGCACUGUAUUCUGACUGUCCCAACUGCAUAACAAAUGAAAAGUAGGAAUAUCUUGCCCUAGACAAAUCUAUAGGUCAGUUGUGUGUCUGCUUUUUGUUCUUCAGGCAAGAGUGUUUCUGCAGACUGCUGCACGGAUAGCACCUCAUAUGUAUGAGCCACACUUCAAUUUUGCUGUACUGUCUGAUAAGGUAACGUCAUUGCUUUAUGCUUUCGUUCUCUCUCCAAUAGGCACAGGAAGUGUGCGGUCUUCUCUAGGUUAUCAAGGGAAGUUCUGUAUGAAAAUUGUAGUUUUGGGGAAGCAUUUUCAAACUUCCAGUGAUGGGUUUCACAAGUUGUUUUCUUAAAUGUACCUUGUGUUUUGUAGAUUGUUUGAAAGUUUUGUUAAUCCAGAGUACUUGGGCAAGCUCAUGUUGGGUGUGGAUAUGCUUGAGAUGUAUUGGUCCCAGGAAGUUUGGGACUCUAAAGCACUGCCAAUUGAGGCCAAAAACAAAUUGCAGAACACACAAAAAAUACGCAUUUCCUACAAAAGAGACACAAGACUUUGAUUCCUGAGUAUGCUAAAGAUAUCCAAUAUUAGAAGCAUUGGGGAAGGCAGUAGUAUUUUUUAUCACUGGUUUUUAUGGGCAUUUCAUUUCUACACGUUUUCCUCCUUCUUUGUAUAAAAGAUAAAAGAGUGGUGUUUUGAGAUCUGAUCUAUUGACUCAAGUCAGAACUCUUGGCAUUCUGAAACAGUCUCCUGUUGAAUGCAUUACUGCAAUCCAUGGAAAUAAAUGAGGGUGUGAGUGACUGGAGCCAAGUCAGGAUUGUGUCUUGGGAGUUGGAAUUUAUUAAAGAGACGGGUGUGUGAGCAACCUAGUAAAAAAGUGUAUUGAUGACAUGUUUGUGUCCUUCGGCCUGUGUGUCUUUUUUGCAGGCUGGAGAUAUCCAAAGAAGUUAUGCAGCCAGUCAGAAGUCAGAAGAAGCUUUUCCAGAGCACGUGGAUACGAAGCAACUAAUCAAACAGUUAAAACAGCACUUUGCCAGACUUCGGUGAAACACCUUUGUCCCUCAAAGCUACUGACUUGUGCAGUUUUGCAGAGUAGAUGAGUUAAUACUUGAAUCCUCAGAAUGUUAUUUAUAGUGAAGUAUUGUUUGUGCAGACUAGAGGCAGAGCUGUUUCCUUAAGCAGAAAGUGCUAGUCUGUUUCCUUCAAGGAAAUGUUUCCCCCUUUUAUUCACCAUCUGGUUAUAGUAGUGGUGCUCCACCAUUUUGAACAGUUAACAUGAGCUGUCAUGUUGCUUAGGUUGUUGCACCAGAGCAAGUCUAGCAUAUGAUCCUUUUUUAAAAAGAAGCAACCUAUUUGUACAAGGCACCCUAAAGGUUCGUCCUUGGGUCUCCAAUCCCUUAAGUCUAAACUGAUGCAUUCGGGUUCUAAAGAUCUGUCCGUGCCACCCUUUUCCACACAUUUCUGAUGAUUUGGGGGUCAAUGUAGGUCACACAGCAAGUGUAGCAGUUGGAGUCAUACCUGAACCAUCAGAUUGAGCUUACUUUGCAAAGGGAAAAAAUCCUGUUUUUAUGGGGUUCAACUCACAGUUCUGCAGCUUCUUUAGGAAAGGGAGCCAUUUCCAGACAGAUAAUCUGAUCAGCCAGUCACUUGUCGCUGGGAAAACAAACAGCCUCCGUCUGCAGAACAUUCAACAACGGAGGCCUGGGCAAGGAGGUGGGGCUGGAAAGGGAGCCAGCGAUUGACCACAAAUUCGCUCCAUAAGAUGCACAGACAUUUCCCCUUACUUUUUAGGAGGAAAAAAGUGUGUCUUAUGGAGCAAAAAAUACUUAUCCAUUACUUAUCCUCCUUCCAAAACUGUAACGUCCACUAAGAAGGUGAUGGAGAGGUAGCUAUUACUGCCAACCAAAGAGAUGUGAAAAGUCAGAAGAUACUGAGGUUAAAAAAUAAAUAAAUCUGUGCUGGUUUUGGAUAGUUGGUGCUUGCAAACGUUUGCUGGAUGCUGUGGUUUUUCCUUUUAGUAUAAAAAAGCAUUUUCUGGAAUGUCUCCUAGUAUUGUAUUCAGAGAAGUAUUGUUUUGCUUGUAACUCAAAAGGCAGCUGUCCCUUCAGUUGAGUGUAAUCAGAUUGAACUUGGCUAACCUUCCCAACCUCUUGCCUUCCAGAUGUUAGACUCAACCUACCAUCAACCUCACCCAGCAUGGCCAUUGGUCAGGGAUGAUGGGAGCUCUGGUCCAACAACAUCUGGAGGGCAGUAGGAUGGGGAAGGCUGAACUAGGCCAAACAUUUUUUAUGAUAUGCCGUGUCAUUUUUUUGUUCUUGUUAAAAAUUGGAAGAGUUAUUUCCAUUAAGCUUGUCCCAGAAAUGCUUUUUCAGAAGAAUCUGAUUAAGUCAGUAAGACUAAUAAAUUGGGAGAAGUAGCCCAAGCUAUAAUUUAGGGUAGCUUGUGAGUUUAAUCUUCUUCCACACAAGCCCCUUCAAAAUGAGCAGUUAUUACAUAAUACCAGCACUUCUAAGAUGGAAGAUUGUGUCUAUAGUUGGGAAACUAAUGAGGAAGAGGAAUCAUUAGCCAUUUUAAAAUGAACUUCGUUUUUUAAAAGUACAUGGUUUUUCACCUAAAGUUUAAAAGUAUCAACAGAAUAUGUGCAACUGUAGGCCAAUAUAUACGUAAUGCUUCCCGCUUAGAGAAAUUCAUCAUAUAGCUUAUCUUCCAAGCUAGGGUUGGUAUGUUAUGAAAGAAUAUCUCUUUACCAGUGCCAGUAAAUAAAAGACUGCCACCAGUUUCCCCCAUCAUUCCUUUCCAUAAUCCAGUUGGUCACUUUUCUGUCCCAACUGCUUAAGUAAUUUUGCCCCAUUCUAAUUGCAAGGAGUGCAGCAAUUUUAACUGUACCAGUUCAGUGGGAGAGGCAAUUCUUAUUCCUUUUAGGUUCAGCUUUACAGUAAAACAUGGAUAUGUGUUAAUGUUACUUCCAAUUUUUCACUGCAUUCCACCUUGAUUUAUUAUAUUUCAGGCAUUUAAACCUAAAUUGUCAUUUGUGAAGCUAUUAUGUAUAUUUAACUUUUAAUACUAUUUAUAAUAAAGCGCAGUCUAUAAUUUAUUAAGAGUCUGUUUUCUCUUUUCAAUGGGUCACAAACUCUGAAAAUUGAGGAAUGGCUUACAUUUUAGUCCCGUCCCCCCCAAGAAAAUAAUGUUGCAAACUGAACUUGCUCUUAGUUUGCAAAAACCACUUUUGUGUCCUGCUUAACCUUCAGUCAGUUCAUGUACAACUUUGUAGUCUGCAAACUUAAAUUUUUACAAGGUUUUGUUACAAAACACAUUACCUUUAUUUAAAGCAUAGUCAUUUGGAAAGGCUUGAGUUUUCAGGGGAACCUAGUUAGCUUUUGAAGUAAGUGAAAAAUGACAUCUCUGUCCUUAAGGGUCCCCAAAAAGGGAAUAAAUGAGAGAUUUUAAAAAAUAGUGGUUUUGCUGCAAUUGUAAUUAGCAUCUUGGAAUGAGUUUCUGAGAAGGAGUCAGCUAACUUGAAUCCGCUUCCUUUCAAUCCAAUAUAGAUAUUAACAUUUUGGAAUAUAGAAGUACAAAGUUGGGUCAAUUAAAUUGUGUAGCGCUUUAACAAACAUCAGCUUGAAGCCACUAAUAAUCAGUCUGGCUAGCUAGCUGCAUGCUGGAUUUGUUUGCCUAAUAAGCUAGUUGCUGCUUGCUCUUUUUACCCUUUCCUUCCCUUAAGCAAGGGGAUGCCAAUAUUUGCAGAGAGCUGGAUGCAUACUAAUUAAAGCCAAUGUGGAAAUGAGAACACAGCAGCACUACCACAGGAACAGCAGAUCCUCAUACCAGGCAGUUAGUCAUGGAAGGAUGUCUUGGUUUUCCUUUAAUUUGCAUGAGCACCAAUAAGCAGGCGAAUCGACUGGCCCUGGAGCAAGCUGCCUUUAGUUAAUUUGGUAUGACAUGGCAUAACACAAAGCUUCAGAAAUGGUAUCCAUCUCUCUGAGAGAAUUCUGUUCAGACGAUGUGACCUCUUCAUACAGUUGCAGUAUCCCUAGAACACAGCAGUGCUUUGUACAUUUCCUAUUUUAAUUUGUAGCUCAAGAGGAACGGUGUUUCGCCUGUAUCUUACAAGCUACUGCUGAGUAAAUUGUCAUAAAAUUAUUUAAUUGAUCUCUUCCUGUGAGGCAUCCCCAAAGCAAUUUACAAUACAGAUGCCCACCUACUUAUAUUCAUGUGUGAUUGCAUAUACGUGCGGUGCUGGGAAAUAAAUGAAUAGAUAGAUAAAAACCAGGAAAUGGCAAGGGAGAGUUGGAGAGUCCUUGUGGCUCAUAAGGAGACCUUCCCUGGACCCUGAAGAGGACUUCAGCGAGAGUGGAGGAAGCCCCAAAGAGACAAUAGAUGCCGCAUAGUUCUGUUUAGGCUGCUCAGCCUCCCUGCCUAGUAGCUGACACGUGUGGUAGCGCAGCAGCUGGCGAUUUUCCAGCCAAUCCCAGAGCUUCAACGCAAGUGUGGAGAGAGAGAGAGCAGGAAAAAACACAUGCUUAGAGUGUGCUCCCCACUUGCACGAUUUUCACUUAUGUGCACGGAAGCCUGGGACAUAACUCCCACAUAAGUGGGGGGGACGACACCUGUUUAAUAAAAACAUAUAAAACAGAUCCAUAGAUAAAAGCAGUUAAAACAUAUAAAAGCAAUUUUUUAAAAAAGUUCAUAUGCACAUACAGAAAGAGAGAUUAAAGCAGCUCACACAAUAAAAUCAAUUCAAUGCUGAUACCAGCUGGAAUAAAGAAGGCUUACUGAAGGAGAAAUGUCUUUAGCAUAUGCUAAAAAGGCAUCUGUCUGAUAUAUAAUAGGAGGGAGUUCCAAAGGGUUGCGGGUGGCGCUGUGGUCUAAACCACUGAGCCUCUUGGGCUUGCUGAUCAGAAGGUUGGCAGUUUGAAUCUCCAUGACGGCGUGAGCUGCCGUUGCUCUGUCCCAGCUCCUGCCAACCUAGCAGUUUGAAAGCACAUCAAAGUGCAAGUAGAUAAAUAGGUUCCGCUGCGGCGGGAAGGUAAAGGGCGUUUCCUUGUGCUCUGGAUUCCGUCACGGUGUUCCAUUUGCCAGAAGCUGUUUAGUCAUGCUGGCCGCAUGACCUGGAAAGCUGUCUGUGGACAAACACCGACUCCCUCAGCCUGAAGCGAAAUGAGUGUCGCAACUCCAUAGUUGCCUUUGACUGGACUUAACCGUCCAGGAGUCCUUUACCUUUUUUUUGGGAGGAAGUUCCAAAGGGGAGGUGCUGCCACAUUAAAGGCCCAACUCUGACGUCAUGCCAGACCUCCUGGAUAGGGUAGUGUCUGCAGGAUGCCUUCUCGCAAAAUGCACUGAUCAAGUGCUGAUGUGUGGGCUUAUGUAUUGGAUGAGAUGAUCUUUUAGGUAUCCUGGUUCCAAAUGGUAUAGAGUAGGGUUUCCCAAACAUGGGUCUCCAGCUGUUUUUGAACUACAACUCGCAUCACCCCUAGAUAGCAGGACCAGUGGGUAGGGAUGCUGGGAACUCUAGUCCCCAAACAGCUGGAGACCCCAAUUUGCGAAACCCUGAAAUGAAGCUUUGGACACCAAUACCAGCACCUUGAACCGAGCCUGGUAGCUAAAUAAAGAAAAUCUAGUUCUCUUAAGUCUGUAGGGAAAAUUGCAAUUCCUAGAACUAAAGCUGUGUGGUUGCAUCUUGGUGAACCCCAAAUCUUACAGCUGGACAAAAGCCUCAAAAGAGGACCUAGCCUUGGCACCUGCAACUGUUUCAGGGACAGUCUUGUACAGUGGUACCUUGGGUUGAGUACUUAAUUUGUUCCGGAGGUCCGUACUUAACCUGAAACUGUUCUUAACCUGAAGCACCACUUUAGCUAAUGGGGCCUCCUGCUGCUGCCGUGCUGCCGGAGCACGAUUUCUGUUCGCACCCUGAAGCAAAGUUCUUAACCUGAAGCACUAUUUCUGGGUUAGCGGAGUCUGUAACCUGAAGCGCAUGUAACCUGAAGCGCAUGUAACCCGAGGUACCACUGUACUGAGAUAAGACUCUCAGCAGUCAAACACGUGCAACACACACACACACACACACACACACACACAAAAAUCCAGUUUGGAAAUAAGCCUAAAAGCCAAAACAAAAAACAUAAGAGGGGCAUGACAGCACUGCUUAAGAAAAGGGCUUCCGAGUAAGGGAACUUGGAAAACCUAGUAACGUUACUCCCCCACCACCACCACCACCACAAAACCACCCCAGACUAGAGCAGUCCUGCAGAACACAGACCAGACCUAUACUGGCAAAAGCAACAGCCUGGAUAAUGAAGCAGUAAGCAAAGCUGCUUUUCCAGCAGGUGGUCAGGGUAAAAGAGAGACCGAGUCCACUUACCCCAUUGUGUGACAUUUUUAUUAAACUGCAGGAAUUCUGAACGCUGCUGCUUCCCUGCAGGCAACUUGUUUUGUUCUUGAGGUUUGCAUCACAUAAUUUGUGCACUGAACUGUAUUCUACCCUUCGCUGUGUGUGUGUGUGUGUGUGUGUGUGUGUGUGAGAGAGAGAGAGAGAGAGAGAGAGAGAGAGAGAGAGAGGCGAAGCCAUUUUCGGUUUGCCUUUGAGCCAGUAUGUGCAUAGGAGUAGGAAAAUGAGGCAUGGAUGACAACCUCUUCAGUUCUCCCAGCUUCUGCUGUAAUGUGAAAAGUGGGACUUGUCUACUGUACUACUUUGCCUGGAGUGGAAUCACUGAGCUCCCAGAUUGACUCCUGCAGCUUUGAGGGAUCUCACAGUAAAUGAGUCCCAAAGUCCUACACAUCACAUUAAGAAGUGUGACUUUUAGGCUCCUACUUUAUCCAGCUCUAUUUAACACAGCUGCCGCUAAUGCCCAGUUACCCAUAUUGAACAUAUAUAAUGGCAGAAGUCCAGUUUUGCGCCUCUUAAUAAACAAGCAAUGAUUGCUUGAUUCUUGUUAGAAAUUGAAAGGUACUAUUCUGAGUGUACCAGAUUUAUUAAGGGCAGUCUUGAUUCCACAUGCAAGAGCAACGAAAGGAGACCAACUUCCUGAAAGUGUUAUAACUGGGGUGUAUAUACUGGGGUGUUAGGGGAGGAGGAGGAGUAGCUUUGGGGUAGACACAUAUUGCUCCUUCUGUUGUUGUUUUUUUACAAAGCUGCAAUUGAAAGAUUAUUUUUUUUAAAAAAAUGAUAUUUAUUAAAAUUUCAGAGG